AUGGCUUCGUCGUCGCUCAUAGACGAGAAGCACGAGUGGAGUGCGCUCCGUGUGCGGAAUACCUUCUUGGACUACUUCAAGGAGAGGGGCCAUACUUUUGUCCCCUCCUCCUCUGUGGUCCCCCUCUCCGACCCCACCCUCCUGUUCACUAACGCCGGCAUGAACCAAUACAAGUCCAUCUUCCUCGGCACCGUCGACCCCGCCUCCGACUUCGCCUCCCUCAAACGCGCCGUCAACUCUCAGAAGUGUAUUCGCGCCGGCGGAAAACACAAUGACCUCGAUGAUGUGGGCAAGGACAGCUACCACCACACCUUCUUCGAGAUGCUGGGUAAUUGGAGCUUCGGCGACUACUUCAAGCAAGAGGCCAUUGGGUAUAGUUGGGAGCUUCUGACCAAGGUUUUUGGCAUCGACGAGAAGCGGCUGUAUGUCACCUACUUUGAGGGUGCCGAUGGCCUGGAGCCGGAUUUGGAGGCGAAGGAAUUGUGGACAAAGGCUGGUGUCCCUGAGGACCAUAUUCUGCCCGGGAACAUGAAGGAUAAUUUCUGGGAGAUGGGCGAUCAGGGCCCCUGUGGUCCUUGCUCGGAAAUCCACUACGAUCUGCGAGAUCCAGAGGGUGGGCAGUAUAGGAAUGCGGCGGGCCUGGUUAACAUGGACGACCCAGAGGUCAUUGAGAUCUGGAAUAAUGUCUUCAUUCAAUAUAAUCGUGAACCGGAUCGGUCGCUGCAACCGCUGCCGAAUAAGCACGUGGAUACGGGAAUGGGCUUCGAGCGGUUGGUUUGCGCCCUGCAGAAGAAGAAGUCGAAUUACGAUACUGAUGUUUUUACCCCGCUGUUCAAGAGGAUACAAGAGAUCACGGGAGCUAGAGAUUACCGGGGCAAGUUUGGAAAGGACGAUCCGGACGGCAUUGAUACCGCUUACCGAGUCGUUGCUGAUCACGUUCGAACCCUUACUUUUGCUAUUGCCGACGGUGGUGUCCCAAACAACGUCGGUCGAGGCUAUGUUGUCCGUCGCGUGCUACGGCGAGGAGCCCGCUAUGCGCGAAAGUACUUUGAGACAGAUAUCGGCGACUUCUUUUCCAAAAUCGUCCCGAGUCUCGUCGAACAGAUGGGUGCCAUGUUCCCAGAGAUUGCCAAGAAAGAAGGCGAUAUCAAGGAGAUCCUUGACGAGGAGGAGAAGAGCUUUGCAAAGUCUCUAGAUCGAGGGGAACAGAUGUUCGAGAAAUAUGCCCAGAAGGCGAAGGUCAGGGGCUCGAAUGAUCUUCCUGGCGACGAUGUCUGGCGGUUAUACGAUACCUACGGUUUCCCGGUUGAUCUCACGAAGCUCAUGGCAGAGGAGCGUGGUCUCAACAUCAACGACAAUGAAGUUGAAGAAGCGCAAGAGCGCGCUCGGGAGGCUAGUAAAGGCGAUAAGAAAGCCACCGCUGCGCUCGUUAAACUCGAUGUCCAUGAUCUCGGUGCGCUAGAAAACAUGCCCGAAGUCCCGAAAACGGACGACUUGGCCAAGUAUGGCCGGGAGAACAUCACGUCUGUCAUCAAAGCUAUCUAUCACGGCAAGAAGUUCCUCAAGAGCACGAAGGAAGUGCCCGAGGGCGAGCAAUUUGGUGUUUUGCUUGAUAGGACGAAUUUCUAUGCUGAGCAAGGUGGUCAGGAAUUUGAUACGGGACGCUUACUAGUGGAUGAUGUCGCAGAGAUACGAGUGGAGAAUGUGCAGGUUUACGCUGGGUAUGUACUACAUACGGGGUAUAUGAAGUAUGGCGAACUCGAUGUAGGGCAUGAGGUUAUCUGCGAGUAUGAUGAGCUUCGUCGCCACCCAAUCCGCAGCAACCACACCGGAACCCACAUCCUCAACUACGCCCUCCGCGAAGUUCUCGGCAAUGACGUUGACCAGAAAGGCUCUCUAGUCGCGCCCGAAAAACUCCGCUUCGACUUCAGCCACAAGUCCGCCGUCUCCGAUGCCCAGCUCGACAAGAUCGAGAAAAUCUCCACCGACUAUAUCCGUCAGAACUCGGAGGUGUUUGCAAAAGACGUCCCGCUUGCAACCGCAAAAAAUAUCAAGGGUGUGCGCGCCGUCUUUGGCGAAACGUAUCCGGAUCCAGUCAGGGUCGUCAGUGUCGGCGUGUCGGUGGAUGAUCUCCUAGCCGACGUAAUGAACGAAGGUUGGGAGAAAGUCUCCAUCGAGUUCUGCGGUGGAACGCACGUCAAACAAACAGGCGAGAUCAAAGAACUCGUCAUCCUCGAAGAAUCCGGCAUCGCCAAAGGCAUACGGCGAAUCGUGGCCGUGACAGGGCAAGAAGCAUACGAUGUCCAACGCGAAGCCAAUGAUUUCUCAGAACUCCUCGAAAAGCUGGAAAAAAUGCCAUUCAGCCCCGCAAAAGAAGCCGAGGCAAAAAAGAUGCAAAUCCAGCUCAACCAGCUCACGAUAUCUGCGCUCACAAAAUCCCGGUUUCGCGAAGUUUUUGCGAAGAUCCAGAAGGGGAUUUUGGAUGAACAAAAGGCGGCCGCGAAGGCGGAGAAUAAGAAGGUUAUGGAUGGAGUGAGCGAGUAUUUUAUGAGUAAUAAGGAGGCGAGGGUGUUGGUGCAGAAGUUAGAGUGGAGUGGGAAUGUGAAUAAGGCGAUUUCGGAGGUGAUUAAGACGGUUAGUGGGGGGAAGGGGCAGUGGAAGGAUAAGAGUGUUUAUUUGGUCGCGGCGAGCGAGGGAGAGGGGAAGGUGGUGCACGGGUGUUAUGUUGCUGAGCAUUUCUCAUCCCAAGGCGCAUCGGGCCCCGAAUGGGCCGGCCACGUUGCUAAAAUCGUUGGGGGCAAAGCCGGUGGCAAACCAGGUGCUCCCACUGCGAUUGGACAGGGUACGAAUGCGACGAAGGUGGAUGAGGGAGUUGAGGAGGCUAGGCGGUGGAUUGAGAAGUUUAAGAUGUAG